AUGCUAAACCGUGCGAUUGCAUGGGCAACACUUGCCCUGGGCAUAGGCGCGGUUCCAAAUCCCGCCGCCCAAGCUGGUGCCACGGCUGACGCAAUGGAGGGCUAUGCAUUCCUCUACUUUACAGGCAGCGAUGAGCAAAUCUAUCUCGCUGCCAGCAAUGGCAACGACGCACUCUCUUUCACGGAGCUUAAUGAGGGCCAGCCCAUCCUCAAAUCGACACAGGGCGACAAGGGUCUGCGCGACCCCUUUGUGAUGCGCUCCCACGACGGCUCCAAGUUCUACAUCCUGGCCACUGACCUCUGCAUCGGCUGCGGCACCAACUGGGGCGAUGCUCAGACCCAUGGAAGUCGUCACAUGGAGAUUUGGGAGUCCGCGGACCUCGUCACAUUUUCCAACCAGCGCCACGUCCUCGUGUCUCCCGAGACGUACGGAAACACGUGGGCCCCCGAGGCCUACUGGGACGCGGACCUGGCCACAUACGUCGUGUACUGGGCGUCGGGGAUAUACGACGACCCGGAGGGGAACCCAAACCGGAGUCAGAUCACGUACCAGCGCAUGGUGUACGCGACCACCGACGACUUUGUGACCUUUUCCGCCCCGCGAGUCUGGCAGGACGACCCGCCGCACGGCCGCAUCGACAGCACCGUCAUCCGGGCCGACGACGGCACCUACCACCGCUUCACAAAGGCCACCACCACCGACGGCUGCGCCGACAUUGUGCAGGAGAGCAGCAAGAACCUGACGGCCGAGCUGGGCGCUUGGGCGCAUGAGGCCAGCUGCAUCGGCACUAAUGCCGGCACGGAAGCAGUCGAGGGACCCUGCAUCUUCAGGGCGAACCCGGGUGAUGUCAGGGGCGGGAACCGGUUCAUUCUGCUGGUGGACGAGUUUGGUGGAGACGGCUACGUUCCUCUCGAGUCGAAUGAUCUGGCAUCGGGCAGUUGGACCCUCAAUCGAAACUUUACUUAUCCCAAGACGCCGCGGCACGGCACCAUCAUUCCUCUAACUGCCAACGAGUUGGAGGGUAUCAAGACGGCGUAUGGGGCAUAA